GAGAGUGUAACUUCCGCUGAGUCUAGCCAAUGAGCGGCUUCCACAUGCGGACCCUGCAAAGCGCACUCGGCACACGCGAGAUCUGCAGCCGACCAACGCGAGGACCGUAGCCGCAACACGGGCACAGCACGGGCAGAGCUGGGCUGCCACAGACACAUGCCUAAAACCAGAAAAGGACCAACAAUUCUAUAGUGUACUGUAAUUGUGGAGGAAGAGGGCAAACUUAGUGUAUCCGACCUGAGCUUUAAAGGUGGAGUUUGUAUUUAUUUAGUUUAUUAUAGAUCAGGUUAGUGAGGCAGAGCCGGCGAAUUCAACCAACACUCCGCUAGCCCGUUAGCCUGCUAUCAGCUAGCACCCGGAGCCGCUCAUUUGUCCACUGAGAAUCAGCUCUGAUCGGCUUUUUAUCAGCCUUGGCCUAUUACAAGUAUUUAGUGUCCAUCGGUGCUUAUUCGCCCGAAACCCUGGAUUGACGGCAUCGUAAUAACACAGAGCCUUGACCGGUUGAGGUUGGGACCAGCAGAGUGGUGUCCUCAAGUGGCCACCAUGGACAACGCUCACACAAAGACAGUGGAGGAAGUUUAUGCCUUCUUCAGCGUCAACGAGAGCACAGGGCUCAGUUUGGAGCAAGUUCGGAAGCAGCGGGACCGAUUUGGACCCAAUGAGCUGCCAGCCGAAGAAGGCAAGUCCCUGUGGGCGCUAGUCAUUGAACAGUUUGAAGAUCUGCUUGUGAGGAUCCUUUUACUUGCUGCUUGCAUAUCAUUUGUACUGGCCUGGUUUGAAGAGGGAGAGGAAACUGUUACAGCCUUUGUGGAGCCUUUUGUUAUCCUCCUUAUUCUCAUAGCCAACGCUAUCGUAGGAGUGUGGCAGGAGCGAAAUGCUGAAAAUGCCAUUGAAGCACUGAAGGAGUAUGAGCCAGAGAUGGGCAAGGUGUACCGCCAGGACAGAAAGAGUGUUCAGAGGAUUAAAGCCAGGGACAUCGUGCCUGGUGAUAUUGUAGAGGUGGCAGUUGGAGAUAAAGUGCCUGCAGACAUCAGGCUAUGCUCUAUCAAGUCGACCACACUACGGGUAGACCAGUCCAUUCUUACAGGAGAGUCUGUGUCUGUUAUCAAACACACUGACCCAGUGCCUGACCCGCGGGCUGUCAACCAAGACAAGAAGAAUAUGCUCUUUUCUGGCACCAACAUUGCAGCCGGUAAAGCCGUUGGUGUUGUAGUGGCAACAGCAGUAAACACAGAAAUUGGUAAAAUUCGAGAUGAGAUGGCUUCUACAGAGCAGGAGCGCACACCCCUCCAGCAGAAGCUUGAUGAGUUUGGGCAACAGCUGUCAAAGGUGAUUUCCAUCAUCUGCAUUGCGGUUUGGAUCAUCAAUAUUGGACAUUUCAAUGACCCUGUACAUGGAGGUUCUUGGAUUCGUGGGGCUGUGUAUUAUUUCAAAAUUGCUGUGGCUUUGGCAGUGGCUGCUAUUCCUGAGGGCCUCCCUGCGGUCAUCACGACAUGUCUGGCUUUGGGAACUCGACGCAUGGCCAAGAAGAACGCCAUUGUUCGCAGUCUGCCCUCUGUGGAAACCCUGGGCUGUACCUCUGUGAUCUGCUCUGACAAGACCGGCACUCUGACUACCAAUCAGAUGUCUGUGUGCAGGAUGUUUAUACUUGACCAAGCAGAAGGCGAUCGCUGUUCUUUGAAAGAGUUCACUGUUACAGGAUCUACCUAUGCCCCAGAAGGAGAAGUCUUCCAUGAUGGCAAGCCUGUCAAAUGUUCCCAGUAUGACGCUCUGGUAGAGCUGGCCUCUAUCUGUGCUCUCUGUAAUGAUUCUUCAUUGGAUUACAAUGAGACCAAAGGUGUGUAUGAAAAAGUAGGAGAGGCGACAGAGACUGCUCUCACAUGUCUAGUGGAGAAGAUGAAUGUGUUUGAUACAGAUGUAAAGAGCCUGUCCAAAGUGGAACGUGCCAACGCCUGUAAUUCUGUAAUCAAGCAGCUCAUGAAAAAAGAAUUCACACUGGAAUUUUCCAGAGAUAGGAAAUCUAUGUCUGUAUACUGCACCCCAAAUAAAGCGCGCUCCUCUGUUGGCAAAAUGUUUGUAAAGGGUGCUCCUGAGGGAGUCAUUGACAGAUGCACACAUGUUCGUGUUGGCAGUAACAAGGUGCCUAUGUCCCCUGGGAUCAAAGACAAACUAAUGUCAGUCAUUCGAGAGUAUGGAACUGGAAGGGACACUCUGCGUUGUCUGGCCUUGGCUACUCGGGACACCCCCAUCAGUAAGAACAGCCUCGCACUCGAAGACUCCAGUCGCUUUGUUGAAUAUGAGACUGACCUGACAUUUGUUGGUUGUGUGGGCAUGUUGGACCCCCCUCGGGCUGAGGUGGCAGCCUCUAUUAGACUUUGUCGUCUUGCAGGAAUCAGAGUGAUUAUGAUCACAGGGGACAACAAAGGCACUGCUGUGGCUAUAUGCCGACGUAUUGGCAUUUUUGGUGAAGAUGACGAUGUAUCCAGCAUGGCUUUCACAGGCCGAGAGUUUGACGAUUUGUCCCCAGCAGCACAAAGGGAAGCUGUGGUUAAAGCCCGCUGCUUUGCUCGUGUAGAACCAUCACACAAAUCUAAGAUUGUUGAGUACUUGCAAUCAUAUGAUGAGAUCACAGCAAUGACUGGCGAUGGUGUGAAUGAUGCUCCUGCUCUUAAGAAGGCUGAGAUUGGCAUUGCCAUGGGCUCAGGGACAGCAGUAGCCAAAACUGCUUCUGAGAUGGUGCUCGCCGAUGACAACUUUUCCACAAUUGUAGCAGCAGUGGAGGAAGGCAGAGCCAUUUACAACAAUAUGAAACAAUUUAUUAGAUACCUAAUUUCCUCAAAUGUGGGAGAAGUUGUCUGUAUCUUCCUCACUGCUGCCCUGGGUUUCCCUGAAGCUCUCAUCCCUGUUCAGCUGCUCUGGGUCAACCUUGUGACUGAUGGUCUUCCAGCGACCGCUUUGGGCUUCAACCCACCUGACCUGGAUAUCAUGAACAAGCCUCCACGCAACGCCCGGGAGCCUCUCAUCUCAGGAUGGCUCUUCUUCAGAUACCUCGCUAUUGGAUGCUAUGUAGGCGCAGCUACUGUUGGAGCAGCAGCCUGGUGGUUUGUAGCUGCUGAAGAUGGUCCUAGAAUCACCUUUUACCAACUGAGUCACUUCCUCCAGUGUGGCCCUGACAAUGCAGACUUUGAAGGCCUUGACUGCAGGAUCUUUGAGUCCCCAUAUCCCAUGACUAUGGCCCUUUCGGUGCUGGUCACCAUUGAGAUGUGCAAUGCUCUGAACAGUGUGUCAGAAAACCAGUCUCUGCUGCGGAUGCCUCCCUGGGAGAACGUGUGGCUGUUGGGAGCCAUCUGCCUCUCCAUGUCUCUACACUUCCUCAUCCUCUACGUUGAACCACUGCCAAUCAUAUUUCAGAUCACCCCUCUGAAUUUGACUCAGUGGCUGAUGGUGCUGAAGAUCUCACUGCCGGUCAUUUUGUUGGAUGAGGUUCUCAAGUUUGCUGCUAGAAAUUACCUGGAGCCCGGUAAAGAGCUGGAGAAGGCAGCCAGCUCCAAAGGCUGUGCCAUGUGUGCAUGUUUGGAGGGCAUCUCCUGGCCCUUCGUGGCCAUCUGCCUCCCACUCGUCGUCUGGAUCUACAGCUCCGACACUAACAUGGCCGACAUGUUCUGGUCCUGACUGACUUGAGCACAACCUCCAUUUUCCCUCUGCCCCACAUCACCGCCACCACUUCUCUCUUCUCUGCCCUCUCCCUGUCUGCGUAGCUAGUUUGUGUGGAUGUCUGUAGAUUUAGACUGUGUGCCUGUAUGUAUGAGAAGGACCAACUUUAAUUAAACAUAAUGAAUAAUAUUAAAUGUUAACAUUAAGAAGUCACCCACUGGAUAUGGGUCAGGAUUCCCACAUUAUGUGGGUAAAUGAGAGUGCUAGAAGACCGUCACUCCUAAAUUAUGGACUUUGUUGCGGGGUUAAGAAUUAAGAGUUAUAAAUAAUGCCAGAUUUUUUGUUCUUGUUGUAAUGCCUAUAAGGCAUACCUUUUUAAAUAAUUUUGCUCAUUCUUAUUUUGGUUCACUACACCCUGUAUAUUAUUUUGGUUCAUUUCAUUUACAAAAAGAAAUCUAGAUAUCCGAAAAUCAUUGUUCUGUAUAGAGACUGAACACUAUUUUAUGCAACUUUUUUUACCGCUUUGUAAAUUGUUUGACCAGCGUGGCUUAGACAUACCGCCUUGAUUUGUUUUGUUUCUUUCUAAUGUUUACCAUUGUGUCUUCAGUGUAAACUCAGAGGUGAGCGCCAAGUGGCAGACCACACUAGGAAAGGUUUGGGUGUGAAUGAUUUGAAUGUUCUGCUUAAAGGAAAAGAAAAUCUGGGAAACAAACGCCGCAUGUCCUGUGACCAAGCAUGAACUUUGUGGUUCUACAUUCUUAAUUUAAUUGUGUAUAGACCCCAUAGUAGAGUAUAAAUUGACUUGGAUGUUUUUUACUCAUGAUUUGAAUAAGCCAGUUUUUCUGCACUGGGCAGAGCACAGCUACCUCAAUACGAUACAAUUUUCUGCUCAUUUCUAAAGGCUUUGCUUCAUAGCGUUUUAUAGUAGAUAGCAUAACAGUUGAGGUGUGCCCCUUUAUUUGUGCAGAAAACGGAACAUAAUCAGUUUUCAAUUUUAAAUGAAUCUUUUUGUUGGACUUGUGAUCAUGAAUUGUAUUUUGUCCCAGAGAGAACUGCUGGAAAAUUGGUUUUCCAAUUAUCUCCAUUGUGCUUGAUUCAAAGGACUGAUUACAUAUUUUCUCAGUGGCAAAUAAUAUAAAUCCAAAUGAUCAGAAAUUCCACCUAAAAUGUUGUUGUUUUUUUUUACUAUAAAGAAAAUACACUCAUGAACCCUUUGAAUCAAA